UUUUUAAGAGCCACUUGGGUCCAAUUUUGAUAAAUCGUCUUGCUUUAUUCCUCAAUUGCUAAGUGAUCAACCAAAAGCAACACCUCUCACACAUACAUACGAGAUGCAACCCCAAUCCAUCAAAGGUUUUUUUUUAACCACUAAAGCUGCAUCUCUUCUUCAAUAGAACAAGGUGACCCCAAAUUUGUGCCUGAGAUGACUGCCCUUGUUCCCAGGAAACUCGAUUUCUCGGGUCGCCGUCGCCUUGUUCGACAGUGUAUGUAUGUGAAACAAACCGAUGUGCUCUGUGACUGUGACUCUGUGUGAGAGAGAAGAUGAAAGUGGUAUUUACUUGUUUGCCCUUUAAGUUCAAGGCACUUUUAUAAUAUCUGAGGGUAAAUAUGUAAAUUUCAGAACCAAGGUUAACAUUUUCCCCAAGAGUCAUCGUCGUCGUCGUCGUCGUCGUCGACAGUGUUGUUGUUACCAGUCAAAACUAAGCGCCAAACUUUUGUGUCUCUGUGAAUCGAUCGUUCUCCUUUCUUCACUAUCGAAUUAGGUUUUCUGCGUAAUCCAAUGCUAACAUCAUCGGUGGCUAACAGCACUCUCUGUUUUCCGAUUGCGUCGUUUCCAUCAUCCACGUUUCAUUCUCAACGAUUCUCGAAGAGAAUUUCAAGAAACGGGAAAUGGGUUUGUGAAAGGGGAAGACUUUAUGUGAAAUCAGAGGCGAAAACGGAUGAAGCGUCGACUACGAGCAGCAAGUCAUCGAGCUUCUUGUCUUUUCUAUGUCCAUUGCUUAAAGUUUUCUCUGGAGGUGAUCCUUCUCAACAGCGGAAUCAUGCUCUGGAGGUUGCAACUUCUUCAUUAGCAUCUGUUGCCAGACUUCCAUGGGGAUCUCGAGUAUCAUCUGAGGGCAUAGAUAACCAAGAUGUUGUUUCUUUUCAUCCUCCUUUGCGUUUGCAGCUUUUUGAAUUUGAGGCAUGUCCCUUUUGUCGGAGGGUGCGGGAAGCCUUGACUGAGCUAGACCUCUCUGUAGAAGUUUAUCCUUGUCCUAAAGGAUCUGUGAGACACAGAGAACUGGUUAGAAGAUCUGGCGGAAAAGAGAUGUUUCCAUUCCUCGUCGACCCGAAUACUGAAACUUUAAUGUAUGAGAGUGGUGACAUCGUGAAGUACCUAUUUAAACAAUAUGGAAAUGGAAGAGACCCUUCCACAGGACUUCUGGAAAGCACCUUGUUCACUGGAUGGAUGCCAACACUUCUCCGGGCAGGUAGAGGAAUGUCAUUGUGGGAAAAGGCUUCAACAGAUCUGCCACCUAAAAUGCUCGAGCUCUUCUCUUACGAGAACAACCCGUAUUCACGGUUGGUGCGUGAAGCACUGUGUGAGCUGGAGCUCCCCUACGUAUUACACAACAUUGGAGAAGGGUCCACACGGAUGAAAUCACUUGUAAAUGCUUCAGGAUCAAAUAAGGUUCCAUUCUUGGUUGAUCCAAACACUGGUGUCCAAUUAGGUGAUUACCAAAAGAUUCUGGCUUACCUCUUCAAGACUUAUUCUUCAGCAUAAGUGUUUAGUCUGACCUAUUCACAAGUAGGUGGUAUCUCAAAGUCACUCAAAUUAGUGGCAUGUUCGUGGAUCUUUAGAUAGAAGUUUUGUAAAUUAGACUUUACACAAUGCCGGAUCAGGAUGCAUAGUUUGCAGGAUCAGGAUGCAUAGUUUUACACAAAGAGGCCCUUUUCUUAUUUUAAGUAACUUAAAAACUUUUGAUGUAUAUAUAAUUAGACUAAACACCUGUAUUGUCUUGUGUUUUGGCAUCCAAUUCUUGUUUUUCAAGCA